GAAUGAUUGUUUUGAUAAUUCCUCUUUUAUAUAUUGUUUAAAGUUAAACAACGACAAAUACAACAACAGCAACAACAACAACAACAACAAUAAGUUAUGCAAAUUAAGGAUCUGAUUGGAGCUAAGGAGUUUGUUCAAGUGAUUUUAUUAAUUAUAAUUGUAGGCAGUUCUUCUUAAAGUCCAAUAAAUUUAGAAGUAUCAUCAGGAACAUGUGACAAUUCCAUGGUCCUUGACAUUUAAUUCAAGAAAGAGGCUAUGCAAAUAGUAAUGGAAAGAGUGCAACAUACAAUUCAAUCUAAUGCAACGAUUUCAAAUUUAUAUGCCACAGACAUUAAUGGAAAUCUUUAUGGUAAUGUGGUGAAAUAUGUUAGGAUACACUGCUACAUAAUUUAUGUUUCAUGGACCUUCUGAACAUACUAUUGAAGGCACUAGAUAUGAUUUAGAAAUGCAAAUUGUACAUGAACUAAAAGUAUUACUUUAUAUUUAUAUAUUUUAAUUUUUAGUCUGAGUUCAGUGCCACCAUAACUAAAGCUAUAGUUUCAAUAUUAUUCGAAGUUUCAAGUACGGAUUAACCAUUCUUUACGACUUAUGACUUUGCAUUAAUGGCUGCUCCAACUACAUCUAAUACUACAUCUAAUACAACAGCAAAUCAAACCAAUUCAACGAAUACAACAACUGCUAAACCUGUAACUUCUACUAUAGCUUCAAUUAAUUUUAAUGAUCUUUUAGGAUCAUAAUUAGAUGCUAAUCCAGCUUAUUACACUUAUAUAGGAUCAUUAACUAUUCCAGGUUUAAGUCUCUUCUUAUUUAUUAGAUUGCGAUGAUAAUGUUAAUUGGUAUAUUCUGGAUUCAGUAUUACCAAUCACCUAAACUUAACUAGAUGCUUUUAAUACUUUUUUCUUAAGUAAUACCACAUUUGCAUCUGGAAAUGGUAAUAAUAGGGCUAUUUAAUCAACAAACGACAGAGUUAUUAAAAAAGGAGGAGUAGCUUGUGAAGAGUAGUUUGUCUACUUUUUCUCCUUCUUUAUCCUUUAUAUUUUUAUUAAUUAUUUCAUAUUCAAAUUGUUAUGA